AUGGACACUGUCCAGAUCAUGAAUUAUACGGUCCCCCAAAAUGGAAUCUUUAAGAUUGAAUUCCCAAUCCUGGACAACUCCAGUGAGCAACAGCUGAGGGCUUAUUUUCUUGCUAGUGUAAGUAGCAUGGCAGUUCAUGGCAUGUUUACAUCUCCUAGUAAGACAUACAUCCAGCUAAAAGCAAGAGAUGAAAAUAUAAAGAUGGGAUCACCUUUUGAAUUGGUGGUCAAUGGCAACAAGCAAUUGAAGGAAUUUAGCUAUAUGGUAAUAUCCAAGGGACAGUUGGUGGCUGUAGGCAAACAAAAUACAACAACCUUCUCUUUAAUACCAGAAAGUUCUUGGGCACCAAAGGCUUGUAUAAUUGUGUAUUAUGUUGAAGAUGAUGGAGAAAUUAUAAAUGAUGCCUUAAAAAUUCCUGUUCAGCUUAUUUUUAAAAAUAAGAUAAAGCUGUUUGGGAGCAAAGCUAAUGCUGAACCUUCUGAGAAAGUCUCUCUCAGGGUCUCUGUAACACAGCUGGACUCAGUAGUUGAGAUUGUAGCUGUUGACAAAAGUGUGAAUCUGAUGAAUGCCUCAAAUGAUAUUACAAUGGAAAAUGUGGUCCAUGACUUGGAACUUUAUAACACAGGAUAUUAUUUAGGCAUGUUUAUGAAUUCUUUUGCUGUCUUUAAGGAAUGUGGUCUCUGGGUAUUGACCGGUGCAAACCUUGUGAAGGAUUAUGUUGAUAUUGUUUAUGAUACUUCGGAGUAUGCUGAGAUGUUUGUGGAGGAAACCCAGGGGUAUCUAGUAGAUAUUAAUGAUUUUUCUUCAUUUAGCAACCCACGUGUAAGAAAGCAUUUUCCAGAGACUUGGAUUUGGCUAGACACUGAUAUGGAAUCCAAGAUUUACCCGGAAUUUGAAGUUACAGUACCUGACUCUAUCACUUCUUGGGUGGCUACUGCUUUUGUGAUCUCCGAAGACUUAGGUCUUGGGUUAACAACUGCCCCAGUGGAGCUACAAGCCUUCCAACCAUUUUUCAUUUUUUUGAAUCUUCCCUACUCUGUUAUCAGAGGUGAAGAAUUUGCUUUGGAAGUAACCAUAUUCAAUUAUUUGAAAGAGGCCACUGAGGUUAAGGCAAUCAUUGAGAAAAGUGAUGGAUAUGAUAUUCUAUUGACUUCGAAUGAAAUCAAUGCCACAGGACACCAGCAGACCAUUCUGGUUCCCAGUGAGGAUGGGGCAACUGUUGUUUUUCCUGUCAGGCCAGCACAUCUGGGAGAAAUUCCUAUCACAGUUAUGGCUAUUUCACCCACUGCUUCUGAUGCUAUCACCCAGAGGAUUUUAGUAAAGGCUGAAGGAAUAGAAAAAUCAUAUUCACAGUGCAUCCUACUAGACUUGACUGACAACAAACUGCAAACCACCAUGAAAUCUUUCAGUUUCUCAUUUCCUCCUGAUAUGGUCAGUGGCAGUGAAAGAAUUCAGAUCACUGCAGUGGGAGAUGUUCUUGGGCCUUCCAUCAAUGGCUUAGCCUCGCUGAUUCGGAUGCCUUAUGGCUGCGGUGAACAGAACAUGAUCAAUUUCGCUCCAAAUAUCUACAUUUUGGAUUAUCUGACAAAGAAGAAACAACUGACAGAUAUUAUAAAAGAAAAAUCACUUUCAUUUAUGAGGCAAGGUUACCAGAGGAAACUUCUCUACCAGAGGGAUGAUGGCUCCUUCAGUGCUUUUGGGAAUAAUGACCCUUCUGGGAGCAUUUGGUUCGCUUUUGUUUUAAGAUGUUUCCUUGAAGCUGAUCCUUACAUAGAUAUUGAUCAGAAUGUGUUACACAGGACAUAUACUUGGCUCAAAGGACAUCAGAAAUCCAAUGGUGAAUUUUGGGAGCCAGGAAGAGUGAUCCAUAGUGAACUUCAAGGUAGCAAUAAAAGUCCAGACACAGCCUAUAUUGUGACUUCUCUCCUGGGAUACAAGAAGUAUCAGCCUAAUAUUGAUGUUCAAGACUCUGUCACAUUUUUGGAGUCUGAAUUCAGUAGAGGAAUUUCAGACAAUUACACUCUAGCUCUUAUAACUUACGCGUUGUCAUCAGUGAAAAGUCCUAAAGCAAAGGAAGCUUUGAAUUUGCUGACUGAGCAUGCAGAACAAGAAGGAGGCAUGCAAUUCUGGGUGUCAUCAGUAUCCACGUUUUCUGAGUCCUGGCAACCAUGCUGUCUGGAUAUUGAAGUUGCAGCUUAUGCACUACUUUCACACUUUCUGCAGUUUCAGAUUUCCAAGGGAAUCCCAAUUAUGAGGUGGCUAAGCAGGCAGAGAAAUAGCUUGGGAGGCUUUGCAUCUACCCAGGAUACCAUUGUGGCCUUAAAGGCCCUGUCUGAAUUUGCAGCUCUAAUGAAUACAGAAAGGACAAAUGGCCAAGUGACUGUGCUGCAGCCUAGCUCAUCGAGUCCCGUAAAGUUUCUGAUCGAUACACAGAACCGCUUUCUCCUUCAGACAGCAGAGAUUGCUGUAGUACAGCCAACUACAGUUAAUAUUUCUGUAAGUGGUUUUGGAUUUGCUAUUUGUCAGUUCAAUGUUAUUUAUAAUGUGAAAGAUUCAGGGUCUUUUAGAAGAAAAAGGUCUAUCCAAAAGCAAGAAGGCUUUGAUUUAGAUGUUGAAGUAAAAGAUAAUAAAGAUGAUGUCAAUCAUGUGAAUUUCAAUGUGUGUACAAGGUUUUUGGGCCCAGAUAGGAGUGGCAUGGCCCUUACGGAAGUUAACCUUCUUAGUGGCUUUACUGUGCCUUCAGAUGCAAUUCCUCUAAGCGAGACAGUGAAGAAGGUGGAACAUGAUCAUGGAAAGCUCAACCUCUAUUUAGAUUCUGUAAAUUAAACCCAAUUUUGUACUGAUAUUCCUGCUGUGAGAAACUUUAAGGUUUCAAAUGCCCAAGAUGCUUCUGUAUCCAUAGUGGAUUACUAUGAACCAAGGAGACAGGCGGUGAGAAGUUACAACUCCAGAGUGAAGCUGUCCUCUUGUGACCUUUGUGGAGAUGUCUAGGGCUGCCAUCCUUGUGAGGAUGGAGCUUUAGGCUCCCUUCAUCACUCUUCAAUCCUUGUUAUUUCCUGUGUCAUGCUCCUGUUCUCUCUGCAAUGUUGGUUGUAACUUAUUUUUAAAGGACUCCAUGUAAAAUGAACAUUUCCAAAAGUCAUAUGUGAUUUUUUUCAUAAUCCAAUAUUGCCUCUGACCUAUUUGAAAAACAUUUUUUCCCACCUUCUGUGGGACUUGGGAGAUGG